AUGUCAAAGCCUAUAUCUGAGACUGAUUUGCAAACAAGUAUUAGAAAAGCUUGUUCUCCUGAUGAAACAGCUCCAAAGAGAAAACAUGUCAGAGCUUGUAUUGUUUAUACAUGGGAUCAUAAAUCUUCCAAGGCAUUCUGGAACGCUGUGAAGAUUCAACCAAUUCAAACUGAUGAAGUUCAACUGUUCAAAGCUUUGAUCACAAUACACAAGGUCUUACAAGAAGGUCACCAAAGUGCUUUGAAAGAUGCUGUUAGAAAUACCGGCUGGAUUGAAAGUUUAGGUAGAUCUAUUCAUGGUGAUGGUUUCAAAGGUUAUGGUAGAUUGAUUAAAGAAUAUACUUUAUUUUUAUUAAGAAAAUUACAUUUUCAUAAAAAUCAUAGAGGUUUUAAUGGUACUUUUGAAUAUGAAGAAUAUGUUUCUUUGGUCACUGUUCAAAAUCCUGAUGAAGGUUAUGAAGCAAUUUUAGAUUUAAUGUCAUUACAAGAUGCAUUGGAUGAUUUCCAAAGAUUAAUCUUUGCAAGUAUAUCACAUGACAAAAGAUCUGAAUGUAAAAUUUCAGCACUGGUUCCAUUAGUCGCAGAAUCUUAUGGUAUCUAUAAAUUUAUUACUUCAAUGCUUAGAGCUAUUUAUCGCUCAACUGGAUCUGAAGAUGCGUUACAACCAUUAAGAGAACGUUAUGAUUCUCAACAUUCAAGAUUAUAUGAAUUUUAUGCUGAUUGUUCUUCAAUUCGUUAUUUAACUUCAUUGAUUACAAUCCCAAGAUUACCAGGUACUCCACCAAACUUAUUCGUUGAAGAUGAAGAUGAAGAUGGUGCUUCAAGACCAAGAUCAAGACAAACUAUCCAAUCACAACCAACAACAAGUGCACCAUCCCCUGAACCUGUUUCUUCACAACCAACAAAUUCGCAAUUUCAACAACCAAUCCCAACUCAACCAACAGGUGUUGAUUUCUGGAACAAUCAACAAUCUAAUUAUGAAGCUGAACAACAAAGGUUAUUACAACAACAGCAACAACAAGCUUUACAACAACAACAAUAUGCUGAACAACAACGUCAAUUAUUUGAGCAACAGCAACAACAACAAGCUGAACAACAAAGAUUAGCUCAAGAACAAUUAUAUCGUGAACAAUUACAAAGUCAAGCACAAGGUAGAGUUGCAGAAUUAGAACGUGAUUUAUUGAAUUUGAGAGGUCAAUAUGAACGUGAUCAAUUAUUAUUAGGUCAAUAUGAUCAAAGAGUUCAGGCUUUAGAAAGUGAAAUUGCAAACACUACACAAUCUGCUACUCAACAAUUAGCUUCUAAAGAUGAAUUAGCUAAUAGUUUACAAGAACAAUUAGGAAUUUGGAAAAGUAAAUAUGAAUCAUUAGCUAAAUUGUACUCACAAUUAAGACAAGAACAUUUGAAUCUUUUAAAUAAAUUUAAAAAAUUACAACAAAAAGCUGCAUCUGCUCAAGAAGCUAUAGAUCGUCGUGAAAAAUUAGAAAAAGAUCUCAAAGCUAAAAAUGUUGAAUUAGCAGGCUUAAUUAGAGAACGUGAUAGAGCUAGAUUAGAUUUAGAAAAAGUUAAAGGUGGUAAAGAUGGUGAAAUUGACAAUUUGGAAUUACAAAUUAGAGAUUUAACAUUAAAAUUAGAUGAUUCUGAAAGAUCUCAAUCAUCAAACUUAUCAUCUAUUUUUGCUAAUCAUAAAAAGGAAAUUGAAGCUUUGAAAUCUCAAUUAGAAACUCAAUCAAGAGCUUUAAACCCAGAUCUAGAAAGACAAUUAAGAGAUAAAGAAGAAGAAUUAGAAAUUGUUCAACAAACUAUGGAUGAUGCUUUACAAGAAUUAGCAAGAGUUCAACAAGAAAAUGAUACAGCUAUUGAUGAACAAAUUGAUGAAGUCUUAUCGGACCAUUUAUCAAAAUUAACUUCAUUAGUUGAUGCUAUCUUACAAAGUGGUAUUAAAAGAAUUCAAGAUUCUAUUUAUGAAUUAGAUUCUCCAAUGCAAGCUGGUAAUCAAAAUUCUUCACCAGAAUAUUUAUUAUCAGUUAUUGAAAAAGCUUCUUCUUCAGCUACUGAAUUUGCUAACUCAUUUAAUGAUUUCAUUGCUGAUGGUCCAAAUGGUGAUCAUUCUGCUAUUAUUCAAUCAAUUAAUGAUUUUUCUUCUGCUAUUUCAGAUGUCUUAUUAAAUGGUAAAGGUAUUGUUAGAUUAUUGAAAACUGAUGAUGAAGCUGAUAAACUCAUUCUUUCCUCAAGAGAUACAGCUCAUGAAUCAGAAAAAUUCUUCCAAUCUUUAUUAUCAAGUCAUUUACAAGGUAAUGAAGAAGAAAAAACAGAAACAGUUAUUGUUGGUAAUUUAAAUGUUCAAGAAAAAUUACAAUAUUUGAUCAAUUUAGCUGAAGGUUUAGCACCAAGAUCUGUUAUUACCAAGACUAAUGGUGAUUUAGGUGAAGUUGUUGAUAAUGAAUUGCAUUCUGCUGCGCAAGCUAUUGCAAAUGCUUCAUCUCAUUUGAAUUCUCUCUUAAGCAAACCACAAGAUCCCUCAUUAUCACAAAUUGAUUUUGAAAUCAAUAAAGCCAUCUUAUCAGCUGCUAUUGCGGUUACAAAUGCUAUUGCAUUAUUGAUCAGUGCUGCUAUUGAAACUCAAGAAGAAAUUGUGUCUCAAAAUAAAGGUUCUGGUACUCGUGCUCAAUAUUAUAAAAAACACAAUAGAUGGACUGAAGGUUUAAUAUCUGCUGCAAAAGCUGUUGCAGGAUCUACCAAAAUAUUAAUUUCAACAGCUGAUGGUGUUUUAGGUAAUAAAAAUUCACAUGAAGAAUUAAUUGUUGCUUCAAAUGAAGUUGCUGCUUCAACUGCUCAAUUAGUUGCUGCUUCAAGAGUUAAAGCUACAUUCAUGUCCAAAUCUCAAGAAAAAUUAGAAGUUGCAAGUAAAACAGUUACUUCAGCAUGUAGAGUUUUGGUUAAUCAAGUUCAAGAUAUUUUGUCAAAAAGAACUAAUGGUGGUGAAAAUGAAAUUGAUUAUUCAAAAUUAACAAAUCAUGAAAAUAAAACUGUGGAAAUGGAACAACAAGUUGAAAUCUUAAAACUAGAAAAUGCUUUAGGUGCUGCUAGAAAAAGAUUGGGUGAAAUUAGAAAAUAUGGUUACAGAGAUGGUGAUAGUGAUGAGGAAUAA